UUAAGUAUAUGAAUAAUAUUGUUACUAAAUAUUAAAUCAAAAAGUAAAAUUUAUUGACUCACUUUAUGUAUAAACAUACCUAUUAAGAGUUUUACAUAAUUUCUAUAUACAAAACACUAAAAUAUUUUUUUUUGGUAAAUACAUUUGUACAUUAAAUUUUUAAAUUUGAAUAUGAAAAUACAUUUUAAGACAUGCGGUAUGGCAGAUUUUGUAAAUGUUCAUGUCGGUUCAUUUGUCUCACUGCAUAGAACAAUGCGCAGACAUAGGCGUCAAAUUCAUCCAGUCACUCCUCAGUCUAUGACUGAAUUCCACUUACAAUUAACAGGAGAAUAUGCGCACUUGUCUAUGUUACAAAAUGAAACAAUAUACUCUGGCAUUGUUGGUGCAACUCCAGAAGAAGGAACCACUUUACUUUUCAUUUUGCCUGGAAUCAAAAAGUAUAUAACUAUAAAAUAUAAUAAACUUCAUUUCAAAUAAAUAAUAAUUACCUAUAGGCACUGUCUUA